AUGGGCAAACUCCCAAGACCCCUCAAGGAUCCUAGUAAGGGUAAAGAGCUGGUCCAGUGUUCCAUGGCCAGGACGAUGAACUUCCAUCCUCUUCAUCUCAAUAAAAUUCUCCCUCUCUUCCUGCAGUAUAAACGACAGAAUAAGGACUAUGAAAAGACCAGGACAAGGAUAAUGGAAAUUGCCAAUUAUGUGGAUAAGUUCUACAGGACUUUGAACAUCCGUGUGCCUCUGAUUGGUCUUGAGAUUUGGACUGACAGAGAUCAUUGCAUCAUCACCGAAGAGCCAAAUGCCACUCUGUGGUCUUUCCUUCAGUGGAGACAAAAACUGAAAUCUCGGAAAAAACAUGACAACGCUCAGCUACUCACUGGCGUAAUUUUCAAGGGAACAACUAUCGGGAUGGCACCGCUGGAGGGGAUGUGCAGUCUGGAAAACUCCGGAGGCAUCAAUGUGGACCACUCAGACCUGCCUAUUGGAGCCGCUGCCACCAUGGCUCAUGAGAUCGGUCAUAAUUUUGGCAUGAGCCACGACCACGAUGGUUGCUGUGUGGAAGCCACUGCUGAGCAGGGAGGUUGCAUGAUGGCUGCCGCAACUGGGCAUCCGUUCCCUCGAGUUUUCAGCCGCUGCAGCAAACGGGACUUGGACAGCUACUUCCAGAAGGGAGGGGGAAUGUGCCUUUUCAACAUGCCCAACAUGAAGGACCUGGUCGGAGGCAAGAAGUGUGGCAAUGGCUUUGUGGAGGACGGAGAAGAGUGCGACUGUGGAGAGCCUGAAGAAUGCUCCAAUGACUGCUGCAAUGCCAACAAUUGUACCUUAAAGGAGGGGGCUCAAUGUGCCCACGGAGUGUGCUGCGAUGGCUGUAAAUUGAAGCAGGCGGGCACCAUGUGCCGGGGGCCAGCGGGGGCAUGUGACCUGCCUGAAUACUGCACUGGGGCCUCCCCUUACUGCCCCAGCAAUGUCUACCUGCUUGAUGGCUCCCCAUGUCAAAACAGACUAGCCUACUGCUACAACGGCAUGUGCCUCACCCAUGAACAGCAGUGCCUGCAGCUCUGGGGCUACGGAGCUCAACCAGCUCACGACGCCUGCUUUGAGGAUGUCAACGCAGCAGGGAACGCUUUUGGGAACUGUGGGAAAGAUGAGCACAGCAACUACAAGAAGUGUGACAAAAGUGAUGCCAAAUGUGGUAAAAUCCAGUGCCACAGUGCUGCCAAGAAGCCCAAAGGCACCAACGCAGUGUCUAUAGACACGACCAUCAGGACGGGCGGCAUCGAGGUUAAAUGUCGUGGGACCUACGUUUACAGCACUCAGGACGGCCAGGGAGACCUGCCGGACCCUGGCCUCGUCAUGACCGGAACCAAAUGUGGAGAGGGGAAGGUGUGCAGAGACCGCAGAUGCCAAAAUGCCUCUUUCACCGAGCUGGAGACUUGCAUCGCAAACUGUCACGGCCAUGGGGUGUGCAACAGCAACGGGAACUGUCACUGUAAUCCAGGGUGGGCUCCACCUUUCUGUGAGAAGCCGGGACUUGGCGGCAGCGUGGACAGUGGACCUGUGCAAUAUGACAGUCAAGUGGGUUUGGUAGUGGGGCUGAUCUUGGCCUUCCUGGUGGUCCUUCCUGCAGUGCUGCUGCUUUUCUACUGCUGCAGACUCAAGAACUCCUACUACCGCAAGUGGCUUUCACAAAGAGAGAAGAACAAGAACAACAACUGCAGACCAGCCCACAACAACCACAUCGUCAAGUUUGCAGACGACACCACAGUGGUUGGGCUCAUCCUGAACAGAGAAGAAACAGCUUACAGGAAGGAGGUCCUGAAGCUUCCUCACACCAGCAAGGAGGUCCUGCCCCUCAGACCGGGCCCCGGGACAAAUGGCACCCAACCAGUCAACGUCGUGCGACCUCUGAGACCUGCCCCAUCUCCGCUCACUGGUCCCCGGGACGUCAAGUUGGUAACCACCAACUUCAAAUAG